UUGGGCUCCAGGCUGGACAGUCUAGUGGGGGGUAGCUGUCAAUCACCCCCUCAUCGCCUCCUGCCACACUGUGGGGACAGGAUUACACUUGGGGCUUAGUCCUUUGACCUGGGAGAUUACCAUCAACUUCAAAUCUUAAAAGUGUCAACGAUGGCUACGUCCUGCCCAGCACUCCCAGAGACUUUCACUCCUGGGACAGAUGGUGUAUACACAGACCGCCUGGGCUUCUACUCCUUGGACUCCAAUGUUCCUGGCCUCUCAAAGGUUAUCCUGAACAAGCUCAACAUGAACGACUAUGGUGACUACAGGGCUGCCCUGCAGGGGAAGGCGAAGGGCCUCGGCUUCAGGUCACACAAGGAGAUGUUCCAGAAAAUGGAGGACACGUUCAAGUUCUGCGCUGGCUGCAAAAAGCUGCCUGGCCAUCUCUCAGAGGGCCAAACUCUCAAGCGCUGUGCUAAGUGUGUGAAUGUAUAUUACUGCAGUAAGGAGUGCCAGAAGGAGGACUGGCCACAGCACAAAAAGUUCUGCAAGAAGUUGCGCUUGGUGGCCAUCGACAGGCUGGUGGAGUGGCUGGUGUUUACAGGACAUCUCCCUUUCCCCACAGAGCAGUGGUCACAGCCUGCAGCCAAUGUGAAAGGCUGGGAAGACUGGCUCUCCAUGCAGGGAGACCUGAGCCCCCGCCUGGAAGUCAUCUUGUCUGGGUGGGGCAUGAAAGAUCUGUGGACAAACGCUGGCAGGCCCAGACCAGAGGAGGGAGAUCUUCGGGAGUCAGUUUGGAGGGUGACGAGCGAGUUCCUCUCCCGGCCGCUUACUCUAGGCCUGGGACUGCGUGUCUUUGGCCUGGACCCUUACACACGGCCCCUCACCAUCCACCUGGUUGGGGCGUCCCACAGUGAGACCAUGGGGGCCCGACUCACAGACUUGGAUGAACUGAGCCGAAUGUUCCCUGGUCACCAGUGUCUGGAGGUGGUGAUGGUGGGACCUGAGGUAGUGGAUGGGCCCAUUAUGAGGCCUCCUUUGACGGCCUUUGGUCCCAGAGGGAAGGUCUACAUCAGUGCCUCCAAGGGACUCUAUCACCAAUUCUGGGAGGAUGUCAUAGAGAAUCAGGAGGCAGCCAAACCUGACCUGGUAGUGGGGUUCCAUCCAGGGUUUCAUGCCACCCAGGGUCUGGGAGAAGGCUGGCUCCCCACCCUGCUGCUCCUCAGAGACUACAAUAUCCCCUCACUCUUCACCAUGUAUAAUGAACAGGAGCUGAACUACUCCCUGCAGAUCCUUGCAGAGCUGGAAAUGGAUAUCAGAGGCAGUGGGCAAAACCCAUUUGCUUCCCUGAAGCCAGAACAGGUGCAGUCCAGUCCAAACAAGACCCCAGUCUACUGCAACUCCCAUUAUCUCUGCUUCAUGGGCCUGCUGGAGCAGGAGCAGGGGCAGGAGGAAGAAGACUAGGACCGUUUCCAAAGAAACCAGUUUAUUAAUACCACUGUAACAACAGAAGUGUCUUCAUUUACAAUUACAGUUGUACAGGGUAGCUACCCAUAUUUUACCGAGUUAUCUGGUCAAAAGAAGAAAGUCAUUUAAUUUGUUUGUUGAAUGAGUAACUGCAUCAAUUAUACAUUCCUGCCCCUCAGAAAUGACCGUUUUCAUUAGACAUUUUGAAUGUACCUUCAUGGAAUUACUCGUCAGCAAUAACUUUUCAAAGGUGUUGACUGAAAGUACUUUACUUGUUCAUUGCUGUCAUCAUUUCUUAUAUUACUGUAAAAUCAUAAUCUAUCAGCCUUUUUACAUUUGUUCACAUUCAACAGAAAUAUGGAUACCAAUGUGCAAAAGGGAGUAACCUUCAAGUUGAUUUUUAAAUCAUAGAGUAUUAAUGACAAUUUAGUGGAAAUUAAGCAAGGGAAACAAUUGUAACCUUAUCUGAAGGAGACUUUUUCCCAGAAGAGUUGAUGGUAUACUAUGAUAAUAUGGAUACUAAUUGUACCACACUUUCAAUUGAUUUUUUUGCUAUGUUUGGUUAUUUAGUGUAUAAUUGAUUAAAUAAAAACUGCUUUACCUUCUGAAUUUCAAGAGAUUUCAGUCAACGCUUCCCUACUUCCACUGUUAGACAAAGCGUUCUUAAAAACCAAUUGAAAUUUGCAUUUUAGUAAGCAGUCUGUUCUUCUCAGUGCUUCUCAUUGGCCUCCACUGGCUUCCUAUUGCCGCACGCAUCCGUUUCAAGGCCCUAGUGUUGGCAUUUCAGGCUGCUAAGGGGACUGCCCCACCUUACAUACAAUCCCUGAUCACUCCCUACUCCCCGGCUAGACCACUCCGGUCUGCCAGCUCUGGUCGCCUUAUGGUUCCCUCUCUACGUGCACCUGGCGGUCGAGCUGCACGUUCACGCCUGUUUUCCGUUCUGGUUCCUCAGUGGUGGAAUGACUUGCCUACCACUGUCAGAACAGCAGAAUCCCUCCCCCUACUUCGACGCAGACUCAAAACCCACCUUUUCAAACUCUACCUUAGUCCUCCCUCCUGAUUCCCCCUGCCCCUCCUUUCUGAUAUCCCUAUCCUUGUCUAACCCCCCCCCCAAAAAAAAAAGUUUCUGGAUGUGAUGCUUUGACUUAUGGUAGAACCUAUGCACUUGUAAGUGGCAUUGGAUUAAAAGCGUCUGCCAAAUGUCUAAAAUGUAAAUGUAAUGUAAAAUCAACUAGAGAUAUGUAUAGACAAACAAAAUAAUCAUGUAGUGUUAAUUUAUCUUAUCUUGCCUUUUCAGAGCCAUGAUAAUUAAUUUAGUCCUUCCAUAGGCUAUACUGUACAAAUUCAUAUCGCCCAUCUAUAAACCAGAUUUUACCAGUGGAAUAUUAGUAUUCCUUUGGGGACAUUUCAUAAAUAGUCAUUUUAAAUAUGAAAAACACUUAUUAUAUUUAUUUAUACAUUAUAAGGCAUUUUGUUCUACGUUUGAAAUGCCCGUUACAAUACAUUCUGUCAUAAAAUAUGUGGGUGGAACAGCAUAUUCAGUAUGUCUAUUAAUUAGCUCCCUGACCCUUUCUGGCUUA